AUGGCCAAAAGACGCUCAAAAAAGAGAACCCAUGUUGGCGCGACAAAUCCUGUUACGCCCUCAGCGAUCAAUGGCCAUGCGAACUCGAAAGAUCCGAAGAGCAUGGUUAUCCGGAUCGGCGCCGGCGAAGUUGGAACCAGCAUCAGUCAGUUGGCCACCGAUGUUCGACGUGUGAUGGAACCGGGGACAGCGACACGCCUAAAGGAGCGGAAGGGUAACAGGUUACGGGAUUAUGUUACCAUGUGCGGCCCCCUCGGGGUCACCCAUCUCCUCCUUUUCUCGAGGUCUGAGUCCGGGAACACCAACCUGCGGCUGGCGGUUGCGCCGCGCGGCCCUACAUUCCAUUUCAGGGUCGAAAAGUACUCCCUCACCAAGGAUGUACAAAGGGCGCAAAGGCACCCAAAGGGCGGCGGAAAAGAGUACAUCACACCUCCAUUGCUCGUCAUGAACAACUUCAGCAAUCCCUCCUCCGACGCAAACUCCAAGGUGCCCCGACACCUCGAGUCCCUCACCACGACCGCCUUUCAGUCCCUCUUUCCCCCGAUCAACCCCCAGACAACACCCCUAAAGUCGAUCAGGAGAGUCUUGCUCCUGAACCGCGAACAAUCGGACGACGGGACGUUCAUCGUGAACUUCCGGCACUACGCGAUCACAACAAAAUCGGUUGGCCUCUCGAGGCCGUUAAGACGGUUGAACGCCGCUGAGAAGAUGCUGAAAUCCAAGAAGGGAAAGAAGGGGGGUCUCCCGAACCUUGGGAAGCUGAAGGAUAUCUCGGAGUUCAUGAUUGGUGGCGAAGACGGCGAGGGAUACAUGACGGACGGGACUAGCGGAAGCGAAGCCGACACGGACGCCGAGGUCGAGAUUCUGGAGACGGCUGCGAAGAGAGUCCACAGCGGCAAGGCCAGGGCUACCGAGCAGGACAGCGAUGACGACGAGGAGGGCGCCAACGACAACGUCGAGCGGCGGGCUGUGAAGCUAGUCGAGCUGGGACCCCGGAUGCGGCUGCGGAUGACUAAGGUUGAGGAGGGCAUUUGCUCGGGCAAAGUCAUGUGGCACGAGUAUGUCCAAAAGUCGAAGGAGGAAAUCAAGGAGCUGGAAAAGAGGUGGGAUCAGCGCAAGAGGGAGAAGGAGGCCCGCAAAAAGCAACAGAAGGAGAACGUUGAGAAGAAGCGCAAGGAAAAGGCAGGGAACAAGAAGGCUGGCGGAGGUGGUGAUAAGGACGAUGAUGAAAUGGAUGUGGAUGAGUACGACAGCGACAUGUACAACGAGGACGACUUUGACAGCGAGGGGCUACAGGGCGACGCCGAAGAGCAGGUCAAUGCCGAGAUGGAGGAAAGGGGCGAGUGGGAGGAUGAGGAGGAAGAAAUUGCCCAAGGGAGGAGCUCAAAAAAGAAAUCUCUCAAGAGAUAG